UUAUUAUUUAUUUUAUAUUUGGUUAUCUUUUCUUGGCCUUGGCUUGCGCUUCCUUCUCUCCUCCUCCUCCUCCUCUGGCGCUCUCGUUCGUCCGAUCGGAGCAGCAACGCGCGACGCCACUCAUCUCCCCGACCACUACACUGCGGUGUGGUGGCUCUUGACUCGAUAUUGCUUGUGUUGGGCCGGCCUACUCGUUACUUUCUCGGCAUCCUACAGCAUUAUUUAUCGUUGAGUAAACAUGGAUGGAAAAGACGGGCGCGGUAACGAGUCCGCUGACAAAGGUCUUUUCUCGGGCCUUGCUGGGUACGCCGCGGGGCAAUACAUGCACCACGGGUCAUAUCCUCAGCAUGGAUAUCCUCCUCAGGGAUAUCCUCCGCAGGGGUAUCCUCCGCAGGGGUAUCCUCCGCAGGGGUAUCCCCUUCAGGGGUAUCCACCAGCUGGGUAUCCUCCACCGGGUGGAUAUCCGCCCGCCGGUUAUCCUCCUCCGCCUGCCGGUUAUCCUCCUCCGCCUGCAGGUUAUCCACCAGCUUAUCCACCACCUGGGGGAUAUCCACCAGCUGCUUAUCCCGGUCCUUCAGCUCCUCCAGUUCCAUAUCAUUCAGGGCAUGGUCCUGGUCCUGGUAUGGGAGCAAUGGUAGCUGGGGGCCUUGCUGCUGCGGCCGCUGGUUACGGGGCACACCACAUGGUUCAUGGUUCUCAUCAUCUCGGACAUGGGGCUUUCUACGGCCAUGGUCAUGGAAAGUUUAAGCAUGGAAAGUUCAAGCACGGGAAGUUUGGAAAGCGCUGGAAACAUGGCAUGUUUGGAAAGCACAAGGGCAAGUUUUUCAAAAGAUGGAAGUGAAUCAUCACAUCUGUCCUGCUGGGGGACUGUUGUUGGCUUUCGACUGUUCCUUGUAUGACCGAGUGGUACUACUAAGAUUGAUUGUGUUAAUAGGUGGACCUACGUUUAAGUACUGAAAAUGCUUCCUGUGCUAUGUAUCUAUGAUUGGUUGCUCUCUUUAAGAAAUUGGGUCGAGUCUUCUAACAAUGUCAAUUUGCUUACUGAUUUAAGAUUCUUUUGAAUCACUGUUUGCUCAGCUCUUUGUAUGAUGAAGUUCAAGAGCUUUGCUCUGCAUAUUGAAAACAAUGGAAGAUGCUUUGGCUGA